AUGAUGCAGGAACACGAAAUGCACGAGGUGAUGACGUGGCAAGCUUGGACCGUCCUGGGCAUGAUCGUGGCGACCUUAGUGCUUCUGUUCCUGGAGCUUGGUUCUCCUGAGCAGAUCAUGUUGGGUACUUUGGUGGUCCUGUGGAAUCUGGGCAUUGUCUCAACGACAGAUGCACUCGGUGGCUUCUCAAACACGGGCCUCAUUUCUAUCGGUUCCCUUUUCAUUGUCAUGCAAGCAGUCGACAAAUCCAGAGUCGUGGACUACGCUGCCCGUCGGCUCCUGGGCGGCGCACAGAUUUCAGACAGAGUGGUGUUGAUGCGGAUUUGCUUCCUCGUGUUCGCAUUGUCCGGAUUCUGCAACAACACUCCCUUGGUGGUACUUUUCAUGCCGAUUGUUCGAGACUGGGCACGGACCCAUCAGAGGGCGCCAUCCACAUUUCUCAUCCCUCUCAGCUACUCCUCAAUCAUGGGUGGGAUGCUGACAACGAUUGGAACCAGCACGAAUUUGCUGGUGAAUGGGCUGCUGGAGAAGGAUGGCUACAAACCCUUUGGCUUCUUCGAACCCGGCAUCGUGGGGCUGCCCAUGGGCAUCCUAAGCUUCAUCUUGAUCAUUCUUCUUGGGCCUCUCGUUCUACCUGACAACAAGGGUGGCCUCUUUCGGGAAGUUCGAGAGCACGGUGACAAUCUGGUCACUGCCCUGGAUAUCGCCGAGGACUCGCCCUGGGUGGGUCGGCCAGCAGUUGACGUCCUUAUUUCCAUGGGGCUACCACCCAGCAGCUUGUUGAAGAUCCGGCGUCGGAUGCCGACUGAAAAGACGUCCCCGUUGCAUCUGACCGUCGGCUCUGCACAGCCUCGAGAGUUGAUUUUACCACCGAGCGAAGCAUCCACCAGCGAUGAACUGGAACAAAGCUUCCAAGUUCGCUUCUUGAACCUGGACAUUGAAGCUGCAUGCGAGGGACCAGACAUCAUGGAGGUGCAGCCAGUGCGCAACACUGAAGCAGCACAGGGUGGUGACCUCCUCUUGCUUUCUUUGCCCCGGGACCGAGUGGUGGAGGUGAUGUCCAAGCAGGAACGUGGAAUUCGCGUGCGCAGUAUGCACGCAAGCCAGGCUGCAUCCGGACAGUCUGAGUUUGUGGAGCUAGUCUUGAGUGGCAGUUCACCUCUGCUGGGCCAGCCGAUCAGCAAUGCCGCACAAAUUGUCAGCGACGCAUACAACGCCGGCUUGAUCGCCGUUAGAUCUCGCUACUGGGGCACAAGCUUCGCACCCAGCAGCGAGAAGCCGGAGGAUGGUUUCGGACACAGCCCAUUUCGUAGAACAACUUCUUACUCCAAUUCUGCUACCUUCAUGGCUGGUGAUGUGAUCCUUGUCUUGGCUGCGACUGGAAACUCUUAUCCCAAUUCUCAUUUCCUGCUUGUUACACGUCUUGGUUCCUUGCCCAAGCCUACCACGUGGUAUGAUUUGAUCCCUCUCGUGGUGUUUGUUCCUGCACUUGUGCUGACUUCACUGGACAUGAUCACCAUGGUGCAGCUAUCGGUGACGCUGUCGUGCAUCUUCAUCCUGGGCGGCUGGAUCAAGGCCGGCGACAUCCGCACGAUUGUGGAUUGGCAGCUGCUGAUCCUGAUCGGUUCAGCCCUGGGCGUCGCGCAGGCAAUGUCCAAGUCCGGUCUCGCAGCAGGCAUCUCGCGGGGCAUCAUCGCUACUGGCCUCCCGAAUUGGCUGGCGCCGUCGCUCCUCUACCUUAUCGUCAUGGUAACAACAGAGAUGGUUACGAACAAUGCUGCAGCUGCUCUGGGCGUUCCCUUAGCUAUCGACCUCGCGGAGAAGAUGGGCCUUUCGUCACCUCACCCCCUGGUCAUGGUGGUCAUGAUCGCUGCGUCCACAUCUUUUGCCAGCCCCAUUGGGUAUGCAACGAAUCUCAUAGUCAUGGGACCCGGUGGCUACUCAUUCCUUGAUUUCUUGAGGAGCUCGCCGCAGGCGAUGCAGGAUGCCAAAGGCAUCAUUCCCGCAUGGAUCCACAGAGGUUGGUGCAUUUUGCAGCUUUCUGAAUCCGUUUGCUGCGCUGUGCUGCUGUCCCCCUCACGACAUUUUCGGCAGACGUUGCGGGAUCUUGCGAAGCUGCAGGCCUCAGUGCAGCAUGCACUUCUGGAUUUGGGGGUUCGGGCUGAGCCCUUGCUUUCCAAGCUCGUGGCACUGUCGCAGUCUCUAAGGGCUGCGAAGCAGCAUGCAGUGGAGCAGAGCCGCGAGAACACCCGUUUGAAGCAGGAGGUCGAGAGGCACGUUGGCAUGUGUACCAAGUUGGCCGAUCUCAAGGCGCAGAACCACUGGUUCGCGGAGCGGCGACGGCAAGUGAAGCAGCAGGAGGAGGCUUUGAUGGACACAAGCCGUGGAAGCGUGGAGAGGCGCUUGGCGCAGCUUCGACGUUGA